GUCUCGACAGCAUUUACAAACAAAACAGCUCCACGUGUCAAGAGUUGUCACUUUCGGUUCGCCGACCCCGCCUCCAUCCGCAACUGACACAGAUGCUCCGCCCGUCUGGCCGCAGGCCAAUCACCUCUCAGCUUCCCUCCGUUCCAUUGGUGGGCUUUUAUGUUACUCAUUUAGUUCCUCCAAUCGUGACCGGGGCUCGAGUUCCGUCUCUGCUUGGCCAAUCGCGGGUGAGGCGCGGCUGCUCCGGACCGCCAGCGGGCGCGCGCUAUGGCUAUCCGGUGACGGUUGGGGUGCGAGGCAUGGAGCGGGCCCGGGGGUGGCAGGCGGCGCUUCGCCUUUAACGAAGCGAGAGCCAUGGCGGGGCCCCGGUGGCCCGCAGCCCUCAUCUUCGUCGCCCUGCUGCUGCAUGGUGUGAGACGGUAUGCUGCCAGUACAGUGACUCUCCCAGAAACCUUGCUGUUUAUAUCUACACUUGAUGGGAACCUGCAUGCUGUUAGCAAACGGACUGGGGAGAUCAAAUGGACCUUAAAAGAAGAUCCAAUCAUUCAGGUUCCAGUCUACCUGGCCAAACCAGCAUUUCUUCCAGAUCCAACUGAUGGAAGUCUCUAUGUCAUGGGAGGGGCAGCUAAAGAGGGGCUAAUGAAACUCCCUUUCACCAUCCCUGAGCUGGUUCAUUCCUCUCCUUGUCGGAGCUCUGAUGGAAUACUGUACACAGGUAAGAAACAGGACCUGUGGUUUGUAGUAGAUCCUGCAACUGGAGAAAAGCAAACCACAUUGACUACAGAUAUGUCAGGGAACAUCUGUCCAUCUGCUCCUCUCCUGUACAUUGGGCGAACAGAGUAUAUGAUCACCAUGUACGAUACCAAGACACGUGAAAUGUACUGGAAUGCAACAUACUAUGACUACUCUGCUCCUUUAUGCAAUGAAAAUACAGACUAUAAGAUGGCUCAUUUUGCAUCAAAUGGCGAUGGUUUGGUGGUGACUGUAGACAGAGCAUCAGGUGAUGUCCUUUGGAUGCAGAAUUAUGGAUCUCCUGUGGUAGGAAUGUUCAUUUGGCAACAAGACAGCCUUCACCAGAUACCUCACCUCAAUGUUGCCAUGGAAACAUUGCGAUACCUCACCUUUAACUCUCAGGACAUCCGGAUGAUAAAAUGGAACUACCAGUUUGCAAAAGAGCCAUCCACUACAAAGACCCAAUUGGUUCCCACACUUUAUGUUGGGAAACAUGCAUCUGCCUUCUAUGCCUCAACAUCACUCGUCCAUGAAGGAGUUGCUGUAGUGCCUCGUGGAAUCCCCAUGUCAGUGGUCGUACAUGUCAGUGGUCCCACAACUGAUGAUGUCACUGUGCAAGAGCAAGGCGCUUGUGAAAGAACUCCAAGCACUCGAGUCAAAUAUCCCCCGGGGAGUAUUCUUGCAUCUGGUAACGUCGAGAACCAAUGGCUGAUCAUAGGUCAUCAUGAACUCCCCCCAGUUGCACACACUACGAUCCUGAGGACAUUUCCAGAACCCGUGAAGAAAAAUAACGAGGCUGUCAUCACAACAAAGACCAACACCAGAACUAUUGAUGAAUUUAUGUCGCAGAAUAACCAGAUGCAAUCAAAAGAUUUUGUUGAAAAUUAUCGGAUAGACAAUGAAGUGAAGCAAGAGGCUACAACAGAGACUGUGCCUGAAUUUGGAAACCAGGAUAUUCUGACUGCAGUCAUACUUGGUUUACUAGUAGGAUGCUGGGUGGUGUUUCUAAUCAUGUAUCCAAAGAAGAUGCAUCGGCAGCAGAAAUUACAACAGGAGCAACUGGAACAACACCUGGAGGAGAAGUUUCAGCUGCUUCAGCAGCAACCACCGCGCUCUGCUGACCAGAUCAAGUUGGACUCUCCAGAACUCUCCAGUGAGGUAUCUCAAACCUCCCUAAAAGAAGCCCAGGGACCCAGCCCACCAAGUCAUGACAGCAGUACCCAAUCCUCAGAGCAACCUCCUGGCUACAGUUUAUUCAAUGGUACUGUCUGUUAUGAUGAAAUAGUGGCUGAUGCUGGAACCAACUUGGUUACAAUAGGAAAGAUUUCCUUCAAUCCAAAAGAUGUACUAGGUCAUGGAGCCGGGGGAACAUUUGUAUUUCGGGGGACCUUUGAUAACCGUAAUGUUGCUGUGAAAAGGAUUCUCCCUGAAUGUUUCAAUUUUGCCAACCGUGAAGUUCAGCUCCUUCGGGAAUCUGAUGAGCAUCCUAAUGUCAUUCGCUAUUUCUGUACUGAAAGGGAUAAGCAGUUUUAUUAUAUUGCAAUCGAGCUGUGUGCAGCUACCCUGCAAGAGUAUGUGGAAGAUUGUAAAUUUGACCAUGUUAAUCUGGAUCGAGUCACGGCACUCUUUCAGACCAUGUCUGGCCUAGCUCAUCUCCAUUCCCUUAAUAUUGUCCAUCGUGACUUGAAACCACGCAACAUCCUCAUCUCCCUGCCAAACUCUCAUGGAAAUGUAAGGGCAGUGCUCUCGGAUUUUGGCCUGUGUAAGAAACUGUCUGCUGGACAUCACAGUUUCAGCCUACACUCUGGUAUACCUGGAACAGAGGGCUGGAUUGCACCUGAGGUUUUACAAGAGGAUCCUAAAGACAAGCCUGUGAUUUGUCAAAAACAAAACAUCAUCUGAUUGGUUCCUG